CUGAUCCUGUUCAGAGGCCAGCUUUGCCGUCCUCGCUCGACAGCUGCUGCUCGUGCCUUUCGCGUUGCUGUGUGCAGGCUUACCCGCCGUUCCUUUCUCUGCACUCGCUUUUCUUUCAUUUUCCAAACCAUGAGGUUUUCCAGGAAGCUCCUGGUGGCCUGUGCCCGGGCUCUGCCAGCGCUCGCAGCUGCUCUUCCUUCCGAGGGUACCCGGUCAGAUGUUGCACGUCCAGAGCGGAGCGAGCAGCUUCUGGAGUUGGACUCGCAGGAAGACUAUGCCCUAGCGACCUUUACCGUUCCAUGCGCUGGGUGUCUGGGCACGAACCAUGAUGACGAGUCCAUCGUUCUAAGCGUCAAAACUUACACCAACGAUCAACCUUGUGGCGUUUCAAACAUCACUUUGAACGGAGCUUACCUCCCUCAAGAAUGGAACGGUGAUCUUGCAUCUGGAUCUGGCUCUUACACUGGUGUCACCGACAUCGAAGAGAAUGCGUGGUUCCUCCAACACGACCUUGAUCUCGAGUGGGAGAGCGCAUGUCUUCACGGCGAAGCAGAGACCGAUGUCAGCGCCCAAGUCUUGACAGUGAACAUCAAAUCUAUUGAUGGAAAGGCAUUGAGCUCACCGUACCCUGGUUUCACCCUAUCUUUCAAGCAGGCGUCCCCGCCGGAGCUUCUUCGCCUCCAGUCCAAGCCAGACCUUAUUGCCAGCUCAGGUGCACACGCCGAGUCUUGGCGCAACCCUCCUAAACAUCUGCGCCUUUCCGUUCCUGAGCAGGGAGUAGAGGCUUUCGGACCGCCAGGCCACUCUCCGCUCGAAGACGACAUCCGUGAACUGAAGGCUCUCGAAGCUGAAGCGGAAAAGCUACACAGAGCCAUCACAGAGAAGAAAAAGUACAUUGAAUCCCGACUCAGAAAGGAAGCACAGAGCUUCAAGGAAGAACUACGCAAGUGUGAAAACAUCACCUGCGUUGCGAAGACCAUCGCAAGUGGAGCUCGGGGUGCAUGGAGGAUCCUCUACGUCCGCUUCCGACCCAGUCCCCACCAUCACCACGGCCCACCACCAAUGGGUCGUCCAAAGGACGAUGGCUUCCAUCAAGUAUGGCGACCAGGCAACAACAAGCAGGGUAAUAUCCAAAUUGCGUCUGAUGGUGCCCCCCCUCCACCACCACCGCCACCACCACCUCCUCCUCCGCCACACCACGAUGGCUCUGACCAUCCACCGCCGCCUCCACCUCCGCCACACGCGCACCACGGUGCACCGCGCAUGCCACCACCUGAAUCACCCUUCGUAAUUGCUAUGGAGAUAGUCCUCGGCCUCUUGUGCUGUGGUUGCAUCUUCACCGUGAUCCGACACCGCUGCAGCAGCCUCCGUACCCGCACCGAACGCGCCGCCGCGCGCGAAGAACGUCUCACCGCACGCGAAUACCGCCGUGCCGCCCGGCGCUACGCAAUUCGCAAGUGGUGGCGCGGCAAUUGGCGCGACCAAGAGCGCAUCGAGGACUACGAGGAGAAACGCAGCCUCAUCCAGCACCAAGAAGACGUGCUCGAGGACGUCAUGCAAGAGGAGAUCCGCCAACUGCGCGCAGCCCACGGCGUGGUCAAUGACCUCGUCAGCUCUGCCGAGGAAGGCCGCGUCGUCACCUACCCGCACAACUACUGCCCCUGCUCCCGCUCACAUCCCGUCCCACAGGCCCCGUACUCCCCGCUAUCCACAGCGUCAACGUACCCACCCACAUCCAUUCCCGAACUCCCGUCUCGUCCGCUGUCGCGGACAGACAGCCUCCCCGGAUACCGCUCCGACGCGUCGGGCUCGCCGCCCGCCUACGAAGAGGAUGAGGAUGUGUCCGACAGCGUCGCGAACGGAUUCCGCCACUACUCAUCCGCCGCCUCCACCUCGAGUUCGAGCUCGCGCUGGACGCCCGACUCUAGCAUCAUCGACGUGAGUCCGCGGCCCAGCGCGGAGACGCUGCGGUAUCCUGAGAUCGCGGAAGCCGCCGAGUUCGCGGAGAGCAGCGAAACCGUGUUUGACGCGAAGAACUAGUUCAGCGGGAUGUUUUGUGUCUUUCCUUGAAUGCUUGAUGCCUUUGGGUGGUGUUGGUGCGCUUAGUUUACACGCACGCGUCACCGCAGCGUCUGUCUGUUUGCUUUCUCUCCUGCUUCGCUUACUCUCUGUUCAUCUGGCUAGGCGUUGGGUCGGCUCGGUUGGCGUUCGGAUUCCCACUCGGUCGCUUGCUGUCGUUUCCUCUCGGGUCCUUUCAUGCAUUGUACGAUUUCUGUAGCAUGCCCUCUUCCUCCAUUUUCCGGCGCAAAACGAUCUCGCAAAAGCAACAGCAUGUGCGAGUGGGGGAGGGGCGAGACUAUCGAUUAUGGACGCCCGACUAAUAAUAAUCACAGGUCUAUGUGAUGUAGUAUAUAUAUGUAUGUCGAAGUAGAGUAGACGUGCAGAUAAAUACAGGCCGCGAUCAUGCUUGAGCACGCGGAGCCUUCAAACAAACCAAUCAA